AUGGUGGACCAAGUGCGGUAUUUGGAGUCGCUGCAGGGGCAGUCUUUGCCGUGCAGGCUCGCGCUUUUGGCUGAAGACAGCUGGCAGCUCCCACUGGGCAAAGAGGACAGAGCAGAGCAGCAAGCCACGGCAGACUUGGUUGGCACCGCUGUCAGCCGCGCAGAGGCGACGGCGGCCGCAGUUGUCACACCGUACGCUGACGGCAUGGCGGCGACGGCUCACGAGCCCAGCUUGAGCGGCGCGACGAGUUGCCAACUGCGCCUGCUGGGUGGUGUGCCCAGCCGCACCAUCCAGCUCAAGAUGUGGGAUCUGAUGGUCGACCCCACGCUGCUGCAGCGUGGGAGCAAACAUGACAUCAUCUG